CCAUGAGUCAUAGUUCAAUGGAAUAAAGGGUAUAUAGGAUUAAAGUAUUUUUAGAAUGGACAAUUGUUAGUGAUGACAAUAUAAAUAGACGAUAAAAGAAGUGGAAGAAUAGAUGUAUUUGAAGGAGAUGAUCCUGAAAUACUGGCAAGAGAUUUUUGCAUUAAAUAUAACUUAAAUUAAAGAGUGGCACCAUUACUUAUAGAUAAUAUUCAAAAGCAAAUUUAGAUAGCUCAAAAAGAACGCAUGAAUAUGGUUCAAUACGUAAGCAGUUGGAGUCUAACUUUUUAUUUAGUUAUCUCAAAAGAAGUAGAAUCAUAGACCAACUGAGUAAUCUAGUGAAAUACAAAGCUAAUAAUAAGGGUCUUCUCCAAUUAUUGCAUAAUCUCAAUAAUCCCCAAUGAAAUAAGAGAGCAUAAGCUAAACAGUAUAUGACAGACUAUAUCAAGAUGCUCAUAAUAAGAAACUGAAAAGAUAAUUACAAUUAUCAGAAAACAAAUCUAGCAGUUAAAUUAUGAAAUCUCAAGAAUCAGAAGUUAAUUAUGGUUUGAUUCUAUAUUAAAAGGGAAUUUAAAAGAAAGAGGAGAAAUUAUAAAAGGCUGAAAGUGCUAGAAAAGACUUACAAAAAUCUUAACUUGUUGAAUGUACUCAUAAACCUUAAAUAAAUACUCUUUCUUCUAAAAUAGCUUAACGUUCACCUAAACCAGUUGGGGAACAUUUAAAUGAAUUAGCAAAAAUAAUAUAAGAGAAAAGAGAGAAUGCAUAAAAUUAUAAGUUAGAAAUGGAAUAAUAAAGUUGUUCUUUUCAUCCUUAAAUAAAUAGAGUGUAAUAUAUUCCAAUUAAAUUUUAAGUUCAUCUUCAAUAGUUGAUGAGAAAAAGAAAUAAUCUUAAAUAGCAAUACCUCAUUAUGAAUCAUUAUAUUAAGAUAUGGAUGUGAAAUAACAAAAAUUAAAUGAAUUAGAUAGAAAUUAUUUUGCUUAAAAACAUACAUUUCAUCCAAAAAUUGAUUAAAUAUCUGAAUAAUUAGUUUAAGGUCUAAGUUUUGAAGAAAGAAGAUAAAAAUAUAGAAAUAAAUCAAAAGAAAGAAAUUCUAGUGCUGAUGAAAGUAAUAUGUUUAGACCAAGAACAGGUAGACCACCUGAGUAAAGACCAGAAAAUUUAUUUGAUAAUCUUUAUAAAGAUGCAUAAUUAUUAGCAUAAAAAAGAGCAACUAUUUAAUCUGUUAGUAAGGAAAAGAUGAUGACAUAAUCAAAAGUAAGAGCAAGUUAAAAAUCAGAAUUUUUAACAUAAUAAGCUAUAAUUAAUUCACUUUCUAAUAUUUUUGAUUAAAUUGAUAAUGAUAAUGAUGGUGAAAUUGAUGCAAUUAGAAUAAAUUUAGGUAAUCUUAAUUAAACUGUUAUUCAAAUACUCUAACCAUUAAUAUCUGAAAUGGAAGAAGGAAAACAUGUACUAACUAAAAGUGAAUUUGUUGAAUCAGCAAUGAGAUUAGUAUAUACUCUUUCCAAUAAAGAGAAACAUGAUUUAUUAAAAAAACCCAAUUCUAAAAAGUCUAAUAUUCCAACUUAUACAUUUCAUGUGUAACAUUUUCAUUAAUUUUUAGCCAUCAAUCAAUUAAAGACCAUAAAAAAAUUCUGUAUCAAAAAAUAGAUGAAUGUUAACAUUGUUUUAUUUAUUUGAGAUUAUUUAAUUACAUAUAAUAUAAUUUUCCAAUAUCUUUUCUAAUUAUUUUAUUGAAAUUAUCAAUCAAUCAACAAAAUUUAACUUAAUAUUAAAAUACUACAAAAGUUAACUAUUUUUUUAAUUAAUAAAAAUAAUAAUCAAUAAUAUAAUUUUAUAAGCAAACAUAUUAAUUUAUUGUUAUUAAGGUUAAAUACUAAAAUCUACACUUAUCUAUAUAUAAAAUAAUGAAUAAGAUCAAUUAAUUUUUUAGCCCUAAUAUAAAAUAUUGAGAAGUAUCCAAUAGUUGAUUAUAUCAAUAAAUAUUUUAAUUAAAAUUUUCAAAGCGACAUGAAUUCCCUUAAAAUAGAGAACAAUAAAUUUAUGAAGAGAGCAAUUUAAAGAAAAUCUCAAAGAGAGAUCAAUCUAACUCCAACAAUUAUUCUAUCAGACAAAGAUAUUGAAAUAGAUGACUUCGAUUCUCCAACUUCAUUAAAUUUAUAAAUACCAAUCUUUAGUCCAACAAAAAUGAUAUUUUCUUUGCCUAAAUCUGAUAGGACAAUUAAAUGA